AUGUACGAAGACUGCUUGGUUAUGCCUGAUGAUUUGCAAGCAGAUGUUGUCGUUCCUAUAGUGAAUUUUAUGUACACAGGACAACUAGAAUUUAAACCAGAGUUACUAGAAAAAUUACAUCAAACAUCACAAGUGAUGAAUAUGCCAGUGUUAACAAAAUUACUUGAUGCUCAUCGCAGCCAGCCACGGAGACCUCCAAUUACACAUGAUUAUCGCAAUAUCAGAUCUUAUUCUAAAACAUAUGACUCGACUAAACAUUCAAAACCAACAACAGCAGUUGCUUCUACUAGUUAUAUACCUGCAAAACGAUCUUACAAUAAAGCAUUUGAAAAUAGUGGAGUGAUACAAAGAAGUAAAAGGCAAAAUAUUGAAAAAUCGUUGACCAAGCCAGAUAAGGUUUCUAAUAAUGGUAUUCAACAAACUUAUUUAGAAACGGUAGAUUAUCCAGUAUCGUUUAACAAAAAUCAAAUCUUUAAAGAACCCCGACCAACGAGAUAUGAGCUUCCAGAGGAAUUAGACGUGGACAAUGUAUUUGAUGAUUCAUUUACAAGUAUAUCAUAUACUUCAACACCCUUAAUGGUCCACCCUGAUACUGUAAAGCGAUAUUCAUCAAAAAAAUCCAGUAUUUUUGAUGACACAUCCAGCAGAAAAAGAUUUAUUCAAGGCACAUCUAUCGUUGACAUAGUAGAAUGCAAGAAGAUCUCAAUGAAUGACAACAUUUUUGAAGAUGUCUCAGAAAAUAUUCAUGAUGACAAUUUUUCACCCUCAUUGUCAAUAAACUCAAAGGAUGAACAGAAGGAUGCAAGUCAAUUGUUUGAUCAAAUUGUAGAAAGUGAUAAUCAGAAGACUAUAGGGGCAAAAGAAAUUGAUAAAAGUAAACCUAAGCUAGACCAUGCCAAAAUAAUAAGUGAAGUGUUAAAGAAAUAUCCACAUUUGGUUAAAAGCAACAAAAAUAUAAAAUUGAAAAUACUUAAUCCACCUAGUAAAUCCAAAAAAUCUAAAACUGCUACUAAUAUAUUAAAUGAGGAUAAAGAUAUAAAACCAAAAAUUGAACCAUCAGAUUUUACAUAUGAAACAGAUGUUAUUGAUUCAAAAGAAGCUGCAAAGUUAAUAGCAAUGGGAGCAGAAAAUGUUAAAGGUCCAUGGAUUUGUCUUAUUUGUGGCACACCUGGACGAGCUCUGCAUUUUACAUCAUAUUACAAAUUUCGACGUCAUUUGGUUGAUGUACAUAAUGAAAAGCCCAUGCCAAAUAUAUGUGAGUAUUGUGGCUUAAAAUCACUGAAAAGGAAUUAUAUUUUACAUCAUUUAUACACAAAACAUGGCGUAGAGCCGCCGCCUCAUUACCAUUUUCCGAAAUGCAAUUAUUGUAAUUAUGUUGCUCUAACUGAGGCAUUCCUCGUAAAGCACAAAUUGACACAUGUUGAAAACAGAAAUUUUGGUUGUAAUGUGUGUGCAGCAUCAUUUAGUUCUUCUAAUCAAUUACUUGAGCACAUCCAGAAAACAGGCCACAAGUAUAGUGCGGAAAGAAAAAAUAGCUUGCAGUGUAUAUACUGUCUUAAAACUUUUUCAAGAGAAACCAACCUUUAUGCUCACUUGAAAAUUAAUCAUAAACAGUCUGCACAAAAUGAUGGAAUUAUUGAUGAUUCUGAUGAAGAAAAACUAGAUGAGAAAGUAAAGGAAAAGCCCGAUAAUGUGAAAUAUGGUCCUGUAAAAUAUGAACUUCCAGUCGCAUUUGAUAGUGAUUAUGAAAAUGUGGAUGUGCAAUAUCAAAUACAACAAAAACCUGAUGGUAAUAUUCACAUUCUUCCAACAUCCCCAGAAUCAUCUGUACUAUCUGCAAAACAUAAAAUAUUAAAUCCUGGUUUUAAUUCACCAACAAAGUUAAUGAAAAAAUCAAAAUCAGCUGCUUGCAAUACAGCUAAACAAGACAAUAUUCGAACUGUAACUACACCUUUAGUUAAUAAUCAAAAUGAGGGAGUUAUUAUGAUAGAUGGCAGUGAAUAUAUUGUUAAAGAUAAUCAACUUAUUCCAAAUAGUGCAAAUACUUCCAAUGAAGAAUACUUACUAGCAAAUGUUAUUGCUGAAGGUGAUGAAAAUUCAAUGCCAAGUACAUCAGUAGAAUUUCCUAAUAUACAUCACACUGAUUUAAAACAAUCUAAAAUGACGAUAAAGAAGACAACAAAUCUGAACCAUCCUAUACAAAUAGUUGUUUCAAAUGAAGACGAAUAUAAAGCUUUGAUGUCAUCCAAUCACUCAAUCAUAUUUGAAGAAGGAGAUGCUAAUAAAACACUAGCAGUUUUAACUGCCCCCCAAGAUCCAUCCCUCGAAGGUACUACUGCAAGUCUUGAUAAUACUCAAUCUAAUGAAAUGAUGAUUAUUCAAGAAGGUUAUCCAUUAAAUGUUACUGAAACUGUUACUGCAGAUAAUUCCAAUAUAGUUGUAGUUUACAGUCAUCAAAUGGAUGAAGCAAAUAAACAAUAUCAAUAUAUAACAUCACAAAAUAUUGAAACACAAUUUAUUCAAUCUUCUGCAAUGAUAACUCAUAAUUGUGACACUAUAACUACUUCCACCCCUGUUAUGAGUGCUCAUGCUGUAGAUACACAGGUAGAGCAACCUUGGCAGAAUAAUAUAAAUGAAAGUGUUGAUAAAAUUCAAAUUGAAUCACAACAGCAAACACAAACGGAACAAUCUGUGCUACCAAAAAUAAUAGAAAGUUUGCGAAAUUCUUCUGACCUAAUUGAGCUUCAAGAAUUAUCAUUAUCAAAGACAGAUAUGUCAACCAUAACCACUGAUGUCAAUACUGUUGAAAUAACUACUGUUAGUAGUACUACAAGUAUUAUAAGCACUAAUGAUAUUAUUGCACAGAGUAUGGAUCAAGUAAUAGUUCAAGAAGAUGAUAAUAAUUCUUUAGUAAAUACUAACAUUUCAGUAUCCAUUGACCAACUAGUACACAAAGAAAUACAAACUGAAAACACAAAUGAGAAUAUUUGUAAACAACUUGACAUUUUAAAAUGUAGAACGGACAAUGGACAUAACAAACAACCUCAUAUUGAUAAUGAAGGACUCCAUAAUCAAAAUAUGGUUGUUAUAGAAAAAACUGAUGAAGAAAAUAUUUCAAGUAAAAAUGAAAAUCGAACAAUUGUGGAAAAUGAACAAAACUCCACACAAGAAGAUAAUAUCCCAUCUAUCAGUAACAUUGAAGUUUCAUUACCGAAUAUUGCUAAAAAACAGAUUCAAAAUUUAGCAACAGAAUGGUCUGUAGAAGAAAAUGAUAUUGAGACAACAAAUAAAUUAAAUACGAAAACAGAUGAAAAUAGUGGAACAUCUGAGUGCACGCAAAAUGUUAAAACUCUAGACACGGUAUCUUCUAUCUAUGUAGAAGAAUCGAUUGAGAAUAUCCAACAAGAAAUGGCAAAGCAAAUGGAAGCCAUUGUAACUAAAUGCAGUACUGUAGUGCAAGUUCUAGAACCUCAAACUGUUAUUAGUGCUCCACAACCAACAAUUGUGACCGAGGCAUCGGAACAAGAAGCUGAACUUGAAAUUAUACAAACUAAUAUUGAUAGUGCUGAAACUACCAGUGCCGAAACUGAUAUUUCAGUAUCAACGUUAACAACCAAGCAAACGGAAACAGAUAUGAUUAAAAAUAAUACUCAAUCAAUUAAAGUUAUACCAGAAAAUAUAGAAAGUAAUAUUCAAACUGAUCCUGAGAAUACAAUUGUGGAAUCUAAUUCAAGUCCUAUAAAUACCAUUGCUGAAACUUUAGUUGUUCGUAAUGACGUCGUUAAAACACAAAUAGUAGAAACAACAGCAGAAAGUAGUAGUAAUAGAAAAGUAUUAACUCCUGAGGCAGAUGUCGAAGAGAAUAUUAAUUCGCCUCAAGGAGAUACACCGAAACAAAUGCCGCAAACUGUUAUAACAUUAAAUAAAACAGCACAUGACAAAAUUUCUUCACUUUUGAAUGACUGGGAAGAUAAUGAUUCCCAAGAAGAUAAUGCCCCUAAAAAUAGAAAUGAUCUUGCUUUGGCUAAUGAAAAAGAUUUGAAUGAUGAUUGUAAUGCAAUAAACACAGAAGUAGGCCCAGAGAAGAUUAAUGAACCAACCAAUAACAUUAAAAGUUUAGUAAGUGACUGGGAUGAUGAUGAUGAUGAAUUAAAAUGA